AUGGUGGGCGCGCUGAAGAACACCACUGGCCUUAUGGGGUUGGCCGUGUGCGAGACGCCGCACGAGGAACCAGAUGUUAAAAAAUUAGAAGGCCGACUUCAGCUUGGCCAAGUAGAAGAGGUGAUUCUUCAGGCUGAAAGUGAACCAAAUCUGGCAAGGAAAAUGAUGCAGUGGAAACCAUGGGAGCCGCUAGUGGUGGAGGAGCCUCCCGCCAACCAGUGGAAGCGGCCAAUAUAAUUGUCAUUUACUGCCUUUGAUGGUUGAUGGGAAUGUGAUAGAAUUAAAUGUUGUUAUA